UACGCCCCUGGACAAACCCAAGAUGAUUCGACCUGAACGCACACAGGGACAUCAGAACAGGGGUCCGCGGCCAUUCACCAAUUACGCGCCAUUCGCUGCGGUGUCCUUAAUUUCUUAAAAAGCGUUUAAACAUCUAAUGAAAGCAUUUGGGGGCCCAGCGAUUUCUGCUGUCAGACGAUUCAGUUGCGUUUGCCUUUUCGCCGUGUGCGGUUCGGUCUUGUUUGGUCGUUUGGUCGUUUGGUCCUUUGGCCCUUCGGUGCUCCAGGGAGUUGUGGGGAGCGACCAUCGCAGGAUUAUGUCAUUGCAGUUAUGGCCAAGAUAAUCUCGACGAUCAAGGCCAUCCUCACGAGGAUCAUCUUCAGUGCGCACAGUUUGCUGGCCAUUUGGCAAGUGGUCGCCUUGAAGAGUGAUAUUAUAUACUGGGCACUAUGUGGACCACUCUUGUUGCUGCUGCUCGAGGGCAUCUUCACCAUCAUGAUCAAGAAGACACAGGAGUGGCGCUGGUUCUGCCCCUCGGUGUUUCUCUAUCUGAGCAGCAUUGUGCCGGCGAUUUGGCUCCUGGAGUUGGACAAAGUGGCUCGGCGAGUGGUCAACAUGACUGGGACCAACUCCACUUUUUCCAAUCCGAGCAACUACAGUUUGGCUGGAGGCAACGUGACUAGCUUGAACCCGAGCUCUAAUAACAGCAGCGGCGUACCCCCGGUGGCAACAUUGCUGGGUCAAGCCGGGGUCACCCUCUCGGUGACCCCGGACACCUGGACAACCCUCAUCGAGCAGUUCCUCAUGCUCAUCCUGAUCGUCGGCCGGUGGCUGCUGCCCAAGGGAGAUCUAACCCGGGAUCAGCUCAGUCAACUGCUUCUGGUCUACAUUGGCACGGCGGCGGACAUCAUUGAGUUUUUCGAUUCCUACAAGGAUGACUCUAUAGCAAGGAUCGACUUUCUCGUUUUCCUAACGCUGGGCAUUUGGUCCUGGAGCCUCAUGCAGUUCACAAUUGUGCUAUCCGCCACUAGAGGACGACGUCCCCGGGGCAGUGGAUCACAUCACAAGGAGGAACACACGGACUGUUGCCAAAAUUGCUGUUGUGGAAUUGAUGUGUGGGGAAUCGUACUCAAUGUGAUACUGCAGGAUGCGCCAUUCCUCACCUUUCGUUUGCUAAUUAUCUUUCAGUACAAAAUCAUUAACUACAUGAAUGUAUUUUUCACCUGCAAGAACUCCUUAGUGAUUAUCCUGCAACUGUAUCGACUAUAUGUGGUCAAUGCCGAGUUUUGGAAGAACCGACGGGAGAGUAGGAUGGCCAAGGCGCGUCAAUUUCAAUCUCGACGAAAAGUACAGGAUGCUGAUCAAAACAGUAUCUACAUGAUAUCCAAUGAAAGGGGUGGAGACCUAAAAAAGAAGAUCAAAAAGGCCAAAGACAAAGACUAUGCAGAGCACGAGGCGGCGUACAGUAAGAAGAAAAAGGAUAAGAAAGACAAGAAAAAGCGCAAGCGCAAGGACACCGGCUACUCCACGGCCAGUUCGCAGAACCUAUACUCCACCAAGGCGAGUGGCACGGAUAAGGAAUCCCGGCGCAAGGACAAAAAGGGCAAGAAGUCGAAGCGCACCUGCAGCAGUUCGCCCAGCGAAUGCGACUUGGCCAAGAAGCAGAAGCGUGGCAAGAACGCGGAUAAAAACGAUAAGAAAAAAUCUCGCAAAAUUGAGGCUGUUGUGGAGGAGUCGAGCAGUUCGAGUAGCAGCAGCUCCGAUUCCAGCAACUCCACAUUGCCCAGUUACGAGGUAAUUGACGAGAAGAAGGCCAGGCGCAGAAAGCACCGCGGAGGUAGUAGCGACACCAGUUCCGGGGACAGCAGCUCCUCCAGCUCCUCAUCCUCCAGCUCGGACUCGUCGUGAAGAAGACACUUUUUUGGAACUAACGCCAGUCGUUAGGGCAUCUAUUUUUGUGGCAGUCAUUUAUGCUUAUGUAAAUGACUGCGGCACUCUGCUCCAGGAGGGCACAUCUUUUGUAAGACCCCAAUGGACAGGUCGAAAAUUGUAUCAUUAAAGCAUCGAGCCCUAAACACGAAAAUACACUAAGCUUACGUUUUACAUAUUGAGUAUUGUAAGAUAUUUUUAGAAAUGGUUGCCUAAAAAUAGAAGUUAUAGACCUUAAAGUAUUACUUGUAUUACUAUAACUCGUCAACUAGAACUAGACAUAAAUGAAAGUGAAGCUGUGUCCAGAAUUCUUAAUAGAAUCUGUCUGUGCAAACACACAAAUUCGUAGUUCUCAAUAUCUUGAGAAAUUUUAUUGAUACCCCAAAAUAUUGAAAAAAUUGAAAUUUAAAUUAACAAUCUACAA